AUGUCGGGGGGUCAUCAGCAGACACACCAGAGCUAUGGUUUGUCACAAGGUCCGCAGAUAAUCCUUGGGCCAGCCAAAAAUACCACUGUUGUUACGACGACUACGACGACUACUACGACGUAUGCUCCCAUCACAUUGCCACCUUUGCCGCCGCAGCCGACUUUGAAAGAUCCCAAGUUAUAUCCGCUGCUGCAUGCGCCUGUGCCGCGGUCUUUGCGUCGAUUCCCACUUGUCUUCCCUGGUGGAACUCGCGCUGUUUUCCAUGAUCCAGGUGAUUCGGAUGAAGACACUGAUCCUCAAUGGGCUGGCGAAGAUGUCAUCGGAGGUGAAGGGUGGCAAAUGAUGAAUUCAUCGUCAUCUAAUCAGAAAAAGGAUAAGGAGGUAGUAGUCGGAUUAAACGAGGCUAUAGACCGCUUUGGUGUUCGAAAGCGGGUGCAUAGUGAUUCUGGUCUUACUAGUCCUGUAGAUGAUCCUCACAGUGGCGAUGUUGUGAUGGAAGGUAUAGACGAUACUGCUCGCAGUCCGCCUCCUCGCAAGAAGGCUCGUCCGUCUGAUCAAAUUGUGACUCGAUCUCAUGCUGCACCUCCAUCACCACUCCCAUCACCCCAGCCGAGCCCCGCGGGUCAAGUAUUAUGGGCGCCUAACCCUUCCACUGAGGCUCAAGCUCCGUUUCAGCCGGAUCUUUCACUCACGACACUCUUAGCUCUUCCCGAUCUGCUUACACAUUACAUCUCACUCCCCCCUGGCCUUCAAUCCCACUACAUUCUUACCCUCCUCCGUCAUUCACCACUCCAAGUGCUUCGCAUGAUUCAUUCCGUCCUCACCCCCACCCUAGCUCGCGAUUUCGUCGGUAUGCUUCCUCCCGAACUUGCCUCGAACAUCCUUCAAUUCUUGCCGCCUUCCGCUUUAUUUGCCGCUGCUCGAGUCUCCCGUUCUUGGAGGAAUUUAGUUGAUUCCGAUCCUGUCAUAUGGAUGAACCUUCUCAAACGUACCGGAACAUGGUUCGGUGGCCCUUCGGAGGUUGCCUUUGCUCAGCGAGUGGAAGAGUACCGCGCGCGUCACCCGCCUGCUUUCAGACGUGGCAGCACUGUAUCUUCACUACCCCUUCCACACCCUUACAAGCUUCUCUUUAGAGCUCGCCACACGAUCCUUUCCCGCUGGACUCAGACAACACCCAAGCGUUUACACUUCCCUGCUCAUGGUGCCUCAGUCGUUACGUGUCUGUUGUUCUCUCGUCGAAGAAUCAUCUCUGCCUCGGACGAUCAUUCCAUUCAUGUGUACGAUCCGGCUGAUGGGAGGCAAAUCCGGAUUUUAGAGGGACACGAAGGUGGUGUGUGGGCGCUCGCGGUGUGUUCGAGAAGGAUUGUGUCCCGCAAUCCUCAUGCGUCUCCCAAAUAUUAUGAUUUGCUUGUCUCUGGCUCGACUGACCGGACCGUGAGAAUUUGGGAUCUUGCGACAGGGAGAAACACGCAUGUAUUUGGGGGACAUACGAGUACUGUAAGGUGUUUGGCGGUUGUGAGGCCGACUUGGAUUGAGAAGGAUGAUGGGAGUGGUGUGAAGGAGAAAUGGCCCAAGCGGACGUUGAUUGUUACUGGCAGCCGGGAUCACUCGCUUAGGGUUUGGAGGUUGCCCGGGAGGGGUGAAGAUGAGUAUAGAUGCUUUGGGGCUGAUACGACGGAAGACGAUCCAGCUGAGGUGGGGCAUUAUUAUUACAUUGAGGACGUGCGUGAAAAUCCAUAUCACAUCAGGCUGCUAGAAGGUCAUACGCACGCUGUGAGGGCUUUGGCCGCUCACGGACGCACACUUGUGUCCGGGAGUUAUGACGCUACUGUUCGUGUCUGGGACAUUAUAACUGGAGAUUGUAAGUUUACUUUAACAGGGCACACACAGAAAGUUUAUAGCGUCGUGCUGGAUUCCAUUCGCAAUCAAGUCUGCUCGGGUUCAAUGGACGGGAGCGUUAGAAUUUGGUCGCUCAAGACUGGUCAAUUGUUGCACACCCUCAUUGGUCAUACCUCUCUCGUUGGUUUACUCUCCCUUUCUCCCACUACCCUUGUAUCUGCUGCGGCAGACUCCACGCUUCGGAUAUGGGAUCCAACUUCUGGGUCCCUGCAACACGUCCUCUCUGCACAUACUGGUGCUAUUACUUGUUUCCAGCACGAUGAAUUCAAAGUCCUUUCUGGCUCAGAUGGAGCGCUCAAGAUGUGGGAUACGCGAGAUGGGACUGUCAUUCGUGAUUUACUCACCAACAUCACUGGUGUCUGGCAAGUCGUCUUUGACGAACGAUUCUGCGUGGCCGCAAGCAACGCCCAGGAACACACCUUCCUCGACGUCUGGGAUUUUGGGAUGGAAGGAGAUGACGACAUCGAGGCCGCUCGCGUCGGCGAAGAGGAUGAGGAAAGUGAGGACGAAGAUGACCACGAAGAUGAGAUGAUGCAAGACGCAGCGUCCAGUUCACACUACAUCGACAGUGUGACGGUUUCAGCAGACAACGAAGAAGAGGUGGUGUCCCAGCAAACAUGGAGUGCAUGGGAGCCUGGGACCAGCGAGGACACGCAAAACUCAAAUGCUCAGUUUGAAACAUAUGUUGGUCCUUCACAAACCUUUGCAGCCUCACCUACCCUCGAGCUUCCGGAUCCGACUUCGCCCUCUCCAGUCCCUGGCCCGUCUGGCUCCUCCAAACGUGGUGCAUCCUCAAAAGAUAAGGGCAAAGGCAAGGCGGUCGCGACGGCACCUACCGCUCCCCCCUCACAUGAAACACCGCCGGCUUCGACGACCCCUCAAGCUAUGCCACCGGGGGGAUACUCUGCAUGGGCACAUGGCGCCGCUCCUGGUGCUCAGAGUUUCACCGCCGCUAUGGCGGAAGAAACACCAUCCAAGUCCCAACGAUCGACGAGACAACGUCGAUGA